AUGAAAAAGGCCCUAAAUAAUAAGUUUUUUCGUACUAAGAAGUUAAUUAGAAGAGUAUUAUCAAAGCCUUUAUUAGAUCAAUCAGAUGAAUCUGCAUCUCGUGUGAUAACCAUUGAAGAACCCAUGGAUUCACAAGAAAUUGUAUUGAAAAAUGAACUCGACGCUCUUAAAGAUCAAAUAUCAAAUUUAAAGGUUGCCAUUCAAACUCUUCAAAAUGAUACAGAACAAAAAGAUAUUUAUAUAGCUAAUUUAGCUCGUGAAAAGGAAAAAAUUACCCUGGAUCUUCUGAAAACAAAAAGAUCCAAUGUUUCUUUAGCAAAACAAUUAGAAGACGAACGCAAAUUUUAUUUCAAAGAAAAAGAAUUAUACUGUCACGAAAUGAACGAAUUUAGGAGACUAAAGAGACAAUGGAGCAAUUCAUCAAUAGCUCAAAAUGAAAAAACCAUUGAGGAAUGUAGACACGAGAUAUUAAAGCUGAAACAAACUCUCAAUCAAACAUUAGAGGCAAAUUAUAAUCUAAGCAUCAAAUUUUUGAGAAUGAAAAAUACUAAAACAUGUUUAAAAACGGAAUUACAUGCAAUGAGACUCGAACACGAAAAGAAUGAUUAUAAAACUAAAAUUGAGAACUUAUCACUUGAAUUAAAUGACUUGGUGAACGAAAAAUUGAAUGCCUCCAUUUCUCCAAGCAGUAAAAAAUAUCUUCAGCUAGUAAAACAAAAUGGUUGCUUGGUUUAUGAAAAUCUGUGUCUUCAACUCGAUGUUGAUAAUUUAAAUUUUAAAAUGGAAAAAUUGAAAUGCCAUCAAUCGAAAAGUUCGAGUAAUGAGCAUUUAAAAUAUAUUAAUCAUAAGAUGCAAAAUAGAAAUCAAAGAGAAAAAGAUUCUUUGAAACUUUCUAUUUAUAGUGAGACUCCGGAGAAACUCGAAAAAGAACCUAAACCGUGUUGUAGCAAGAAUCAAAUAGAAGAUAACGAAAUAAUCAAACUUUUUGAAAGAAAAGAUGGUAAAAUGAGAAAAUCUAGAAGCAAUAAAAAGGAAGAAAUUAAACAGAAGACUUCAUCAACUGAUACAAAAAACCCCGGAAGUGAUUUAAAAAUAUCUAUACCUGACGAAUAUAAGAUAAAUAUUGAUGAUUGUUGUAGACAAAAAAUAGCCAAAAACUCAUCAAAAAUAGCACUCUUUCAGGUUUCUAAUGUAACUUCCACUACGUCUAGUUCCUUUAGCCACCCCUUCACUCCAAAUGUAAAGAGAAUUCGCUCUUCACCAGAUAUUUUAGAAAGCGUAGAUUUCAUUAAAAAGCCUUGA